AUGGUCAACAGAGAGCUCCGCCGCAGCCCAUGGCGCACCGGGCCUCGGCCCUCAUCCUCAGGGCCGCGCCGCUCGCCGUCCGGGGUGCGCGGCCUUGCCUGGGCGGGGGCUUCUCCCCUCGGCCCCGAGCCCGGACGCGCGGCGCAGCGGGGCCGGGUCUUCCCGGGUCGCCGCUCUCUUGUCUGCGGGCGGCGGUGCCGGGAGGAGGAUGGCCCGGGCUCGCUCUCACCCGAGCCGCUGCUGUGCGCGCAGGUGUUGGGGAGAGGCGGCGGGAAAGGAGGUGAAUACCAGGGCCUGGUGAAACACACAGGAGGCUGCCACUGUGGAGCAGUUCGCUUUGAAGUUUGGGCCUCAGCAGACUUGCACAUCUUCGACUGCAACUGCAGUGUUUGCAAGAAGAAGCAGAACAGACACUUCAUUGUUCCUGCUUCUCGCUUCAAGCUCCUGAAGGGAGCGGAGAGCAUCACCACGUACACGUUCAACACUCACAAGGCGCAGCAUACCUUCUGCAAGAGAUGUGGGGUGCAGAGCUUCUACACCCCCCGCUCCAACCCCGGUGGCUUCGGAAUCGCCCCACACUGUCUGGAUGAGGGCACUGUGCGGAGUAUGGUCAUCGAGGAAUUCAAUGGCAGCGAUUGGGAGAAGGCCAUGAAGGAGCACAAGACCAUCAAGAACAUGUCUAAAGAGUGAGCGCCCGCUCUCUCCCUUUCUGGAAAGGAGGAACGAUGGGGCCAGCAGCGUGGCUGCCCCCCUCUGCACUCGGUGGUGCCGGCGAGCGUGGCUGCCCCAGGCUGCCGGGCUCAGGCCGGCCACUAGCUCCAGCUCUGCCCUUGACUCCAGCUACAUUUCCUUAGGCAGCUCUUUGUCCUCCAUCAGCCCGGACUUCGACGUAGACUAGUUGACAUCCUCUUUCUCUUCCCAACUUUUGUGUGAUCUUUUAGAAAAAAUAAAUAU